UCAAUCUAGCUUCGCAUUUUCAAAUUCAAACUGCAGCUUGGCUUCUCUUCGCGCAGAGCUCGACUAGGUUUUCGGAGAAUUUACAUAAAUCUCAGCAACAUUCGACUUACAAAUUGUAUAUUACCUUUAUCGAUUCAAGUAUUCGGACAAAAAAUUAUAUUUCUAAACUAAAACGCGCGUUCAGUUCAAUAGAAACGCGAUCAAAAAACACAGAAAACGAUCAAAUAGUCAAGCGUCUGCUCUUUAAGUGUUACUUGUGUCUGUAUUAAUACAAAUAUAUAAUCAAAAUGGUGGGCACGACACUGAAAAUGCGCGGCGACGAGAACUCUUCGGAGAAUUUCAAGCAAGUGCAACUGAAGAAAUUGACGGUGCCUUCGCAGGAGGCAACAACAAAACGCGCUGCUUUGGGAGAUUUGCAAAAUCGCGGCUUAAGUCGCCCCAUUGCUGCGAAAGAUGCGGCACAGAAAGACUCCAAGGAUCUCAAGCUAACAGAUGCCCUGCGCAAUGCCAAGGCUCGAGUGGAUACCCACUGGAAGAAACAGGUACUGGGAACGACCACCAAUGGCAAUACCGCCGUACCGCCCAAGGCCAACGAAGGGGGCGUGUCGGCCUUUUUGCGCUCGAAUUCGGUGCGCAAUCGCAUUCCGACCAAGACGACUGUGGAACCCACUAAGCUAACAGCAAAGUCAAAUUCCAACGAGAAUGUUACCGAGCCCGCCUUGAAACGCGAGGACAGCAAUCUGUCCAAGAAAUCACUGACCAAGUUGAGAGCUGCACUGGCCAAACCCGUGAUGGGGGUUUCUGGGAUUCGUCGGGAACCACUGGCUGUGGCUCGUAAAGAGGCAGAGACCAAGAAGGAAGUGCAAGAUGUCAAGAAGGAAAUCCCGGAAGCCAAGAAGGAAGUGACCAGGAUGCCCCUUAUUAAAGCCAGCAGCAACAUCGCUUUAACAACCUCCACGAUGCCAACCACCAUGUCCCUUUCCAGCAAGCGCUUGGCUGGAAUCGAGGACAUUGAUGCCAAUGACAAGGAGAACCUGGUACUGGUCUCCGAAUAUGUAAAUGACAUCUACGACUACUUGUACCAGGUGGAACUGCAACAACCAAUUCACAAGGAUCACCUGGCCGGGCAGAAGGAGGUGUCCCACAAGAUGCGAUCCGUCCUGAUCGAUUGGAUCAACGAGGUCCACCUGCAGUUUCAUCUGGCUGCAGAAACUUUCCAACUGGCGGUUGCCAUUAUCGAUCGUUAUCUACAAGUGGUUAAGGAUACCAAGCGAACCUAUUUGCAAUUGGUGGGGGUUACUGCUCUCUUUAUAGCUACCAAGUACGAGGAGCUUUUUCCGCCAGCCAUCGGGGAUUUUGUUUUCAUCACGGAUGAUACAUACACUGCCAGGCAGAUCCGUCAAAUGGAGCUGCAAAUCUUCAAAGCCAUCGACUGCAAUCUCUCGCGUCCGCUGCCGAUUCACUUCUUGCGGCGUUACUCGAAGGCUGCCGGCGCAGAGGAUGAGCACCAUGCCAUGUCCAAAUACUUCAUUGAGCUAGCUUCCGUGGAUUACGAUAUGGCCACCUACAGGCCUUCAGAGAUUGCAGCAGCGUCGCUGUUUCUUUCGCUGCACUUGCUUAAUGGCAACUACCGGGCUGGCACAGGAUUCAACGACCGCCACUGGACCCCCACAUUGACCUUCUACUCGCGGUAUUCGGCCGCCCACUUGCGACCCAUUACACGGCUGAUUGCGAAGCUGGCCCGCGAUGCUCCCCAGGCCAAGCUGAAGGCCGUCUACAACAAGUACCAGGGCAGCAAAUUCCAGAAGAUUGCGCUGCGAACGGAGCUGAGCGGGGCCCUGAUGGACUCCAUUGUGGGCCAGAGCCUAAGGAAGUAGUUGGGCGGAAAGCAGGACAAUGAAUUACAUAGUUUAGUUUAAUUUGUUUUCAUUUUUUAAAUUUGUAGCGUAUUCAAUAUUUUGUUCGUUUUGUGUUCGUUGCAAAAUGCGUAUAAACCCGUAUAUGUAUAUCUUACCCGUCAUCAUUAUCAUGAUCAUCAUAAGCAAUCCACACGUGCUGGAGUCCCUUAAGCCGUUUUCGCCCGCUUCCAAGAGCUGGUUCCGGCACCUUUGCCUCUGAAGCACAAGUUGCCCGCGAGCCGGCUGUUGGGAGUGAGUUGACUGGAGUAAACUGGAGCCCGCAUGCUCCUCCCGCUGGGUCAUCUUCUCAGUGGGGAACGAGCGGCGGAGCGGUGGACACCGAGAGAGAGUGGGCAACGAGUUCAUUUGCUGGCCGAACACAUCGGCGUUGUCUCUCCAAGAACUAUAUUUAAUCAGCACUUGUAUUUAGUUUUUAGAAUCGAUGGGAAAUUGUUCGUUCUGUGCAUUAAGAAUAAGUCAAAAAAACUUGUGCAAAAAUAAUCCCAUACCUCCCAAAAAUUAAAUGAGACUUAGACUAUUUGUAAUUUAUAUUAUGUAUUUCACACAUUCAUACAAAAAAGCCCCCUAAACUAGUUUUAUUGUUUACUUACAAAUAAGCAAAUAUAAGAAGCGUUUUAUACAACCUUGAUGUUUCUGAAAGUGUCUCUGAACAAUAAAGUUUUGUGUAAUUUUA